GUAUUUUGUUUUCUGGGGGCACUCUUCAAGCUCACAGCAUCACGAGGAAGCUGGAGGAGUGUCUUAGUUAAAACCUCAGAGCCAAAGUAAAAAUGAAAGCAUGAGCACCUACUGUUAGUAUCCUCACCUCAAAGCUCAAACAACAGAUGAAAAAUGGAGAACUACCUGUACGAUGUGUUUUUUGAGGCCAGUAAUCUCUCUGAUGUGGCACUUGAACACAUAAAAAGAUACUUCAAAGUAAGAAGUCGAUCUGGAGGAGGAGAGUGUGUGGUCAGCAAAGUGGAUAAAGACAUCUACAAGAUCAGUUUUGUAAAUCAAAAUGCCCAAGAAAGGGUGCUAAACCGGAAGGAUCAUGUCAUAAAAAUAAAUAAACAAGAAGAAAUCCAUGUUUCAGUAAGACGUGAAAAUGAUUUUAAAUGCAGCGAACAACCAAAAGCAUCUGCUAAUCAGAAAGUCUACAAAUUGGACCAAUAUCUUCUACGAUUUUUCACUGACUGUAAAAAGCCAUAUUCACAACUGGAGAAACUCCUCUCUGCUCUUUCCAGCACCUUUGAGAUCAACAUUGAGGCAGAAGAGUUGGUGGUGCUGAGGAAUCCGGCAGCUGCAGAUGUUUGUCCACUAAAGCAAUGGGAACUUGGUGUGGACCAAGUGGUUGAUCAGCUACAGUUUCACUAUACUGUCCACUUUGAGGUUGAAAGAGACAAAUAUGCAAUUCUGGAAAAAAACUGUUCCAAUCAAAACGAGGACUUAAAAAUCUAUUUUGAAGAAGGGGCAUGUUUGGCUGUGGUGGUCGGAGAACAAAAUCAAGUGGACGAGAUUUUAAAAUCUACUAGCCACACACAGGAACAACAGCAGGUCAAACAAGAGUGUUGCGUGUCUGAGAAACAAUUUCCCCUCAUCAAAGAGCAGUUUGAGUCAUACAUAACGUCUAAUUUACCCGAACUUCAGAUUGCACAUGAACAAUCAGGUGUAAUCAUUUUAAAGGGUCUGGAGAAAGAUGUCCAAGAAGGUGAACAAAAGCUUUCAAAACUGAAAAAAGAGAUCCAGGAGAAAAGGGUUCCAUCCAAUCAUGCUCUUAUGACCUUCUUGGAUUCAAGCGAUGGUAUAAAACACUUCCAGAGAAGAUUUCAGCAGAGCCUCUACAGCCCAGUAAUGCUCGAGACUUCAGGAUCAGAUCUGCUUCUGUUGAGUUUGUCUGAUGGAGCUCUUCAGGAGGCAGCUGCUGCCAUUCAGAGAGACCUGAGCUUGGAGAUUAUACACUUAAAUAACACUGAGAAGUCAUCAGCGUUUCCUACGCUAAAGGAAGAGUUGAGUAAAGCGGUCAAGCAGGCCAAUCGUGAAAGUGUAAAAGUGGAGCUGAAAUACCAGAAUGAGUCAAGUUCUGAUGCCAAAGUGCAACUGGUCGGCUUCACUACUGAAGUUAAUGAGCUGAAGAACAUGUUACUUCAAUAUAAAAUAAACCAUCAGAUACAUCAAGAACGCCUGCUACUUGAAUACCCAGAGAUGGCAAAGCAUUUCUCUGAGAUCAUGUCGAUGGCUGGUGUGAAGGAGUGCAAUGGAGUGGAAAUAAGGCCAACAUGUUCGCCUUCCCCAUGCGUCCACCUUACAGGACCUCGCUGUGAAGUUGAGAGCUUAAAGGAAACCCUUGUGUCAUUUCUUCGCAGUCUUGUGACUAAAAAAUUUGAAGUGAAAGGACCUGGAGUUCAGCAGUUUUUUCAAGGUGAUGGUGAACAGACUUUGAAAUUAGUGAAGAAUUCUUAUAUGGUUGGGAUUUUUCACGUUGAUGAUGGGCAACCAACAUAUCAAGUUUCCAGAUACUCAACCAGCUUGAGUUAUUCUGGCCUAGCAUCUGCUCCAUCAACCCAUCAGUCUCCAGUCUAUGAGACUAAAGUUCACAUUAAUGUUGCGGUUGGAAGCCUUGAGCAGCAACAGGCCGAUGUGUUUGUUGUGCCAAUGGUCCAAGCAAACAUGACCUCAACGUUAAUUGGUUCGUCGCUGUUGUAUAAAGCAGGACAGCAGCUUCAAACUAACUUCAACACUGCUAAGAGACGUUGUACUCUUACACCUGGUGAUGUGCUCAUGGUGGAUGCGACAGCAGGGUUGGGAUGCUCAAAGGUUCUCUUCAUCGAAUGUGCACCAAAGGGGAAAAAACAAGAAAGCGAAAAAGCACUUCGCUGUGGACUUGGCCAAGUUUUUACUCUUUGUGAGCAGAAUUCUUGGGGUUCAGUUGUGAUUCCAGUAAUUGGACCCGGAAUAGUAUUGUCUUUACCUGUCAGAGAUUCUGUUAAUAUCCUUACUCAGGAGAUCUGUACAUUUUUAUCUCAGCCCACUGCUUUCCUGCAAACCAUCUAUAUCCCAAUAAUGCCUAAUUACCCCCAUUCUGAAGAGAUGUUUCGAGCAGUCAUUGGGAAUCUGAGUGCAAAAAUGGUGGACAGAACAGGACAAGAAUAUUGA